AUGUAUACCUGCAGAAAUUACACAUUGCAGGAAACUGCUGGAAUGGUAGUGAAGACAAAUUCACCCCUUACGCACAAGGCUAGAGAAGGUGUUAUGGAAUUCUUACUUGCGAAUCAUCCGCUUGAUUGCCCCAUCUGCGACCAGGGAGGUGAAUGUGAUUUGCAAGACCAGUCGAUGAGAUACGGUGCCGACAGAGGUCGAUUCCAUGAAGUUGGAGGGAAGCGUGCCGUGGAAGACAAAAACAUCGGCCCUUUGAUCAAAACAUCCAUGAACAGAUGUAUUCAUUGUACUCGAUGUGUCCGCUUUGCAAACGACAUUGCUGGAGCUCCGGAGCUUGGAACGUCCGGGCGAGGAAAUGAUAUGCAGAUCGGCACCUAUCUUGAGAAGAACCUCGAUUCUGAAUUAUCCGCAAACGUUAUCGACCUUUGCCCCGUCGGAGCCCUCACCUCCAAACCAUAUGCUUUCCGAGCACGACCAUGGGAACUUAAACAUACUGAGACCAUCGACGUCUUGGAUGGAUUAGGCUCAAAUAUUAGGGUUGAUUCCCGAGGUGUGGAAGUUAUGCGCGUCCUUCCGAGACUCAACGAUGAUGUGAACGAGGAGUGGAUCAACGACAAGACCAGAUUCGCCUGCGAUGGCCUUAAGACUCAGAGACUCACCACACCUUUGAUUAGAAGGGAAAACAAAUUCUUACCAGCAACGUGGGAGCAAGCAUUGACUGAAAUCGGAGCUGCUUACAGAAGCUUGGCUCCAAAGGCUAACGAAUUUAAGGUCGUUGCUGGUCACCUCAUUGAGACUGAAUCCAUGGUCGCUAUGAAGGACCUAGCAAACAAACUCGGCUCCGAGAACCUUGCACUUGAUCAACCCGGUGGCAGCCAACCUAUCGCACACGGUGUCGAUCUCAGAUCAAACUACCUUUUCAACUCCAAGAUUUAUGGCAUUGAAGACACUGAUGCUAUCCUUCUUGUUGGGACAAACCCUCGCCAUGAGGCUGCUGUCCUCAAUGCACGCAUUCGUAAGCAAUGGCUUCGUUCUGAUCUGGAGAUCGGCCUGGUCGGCGAGUCCUUCGAUAGCACUUUUGAGUUCGAGCAUCUCGGCGACAAUGCGGCCGCGCUGAAGACCGCUCUUUCUGGAGAAUUUGGAAAGAAGCUGGCAGCUGCCAAGAAGCCGAUGAUCAUUGUCGGAAGCGCAGUUGCUGAGCACCCCGAUGCCAAGAACAUUUUCGAAACGAUCGGUUCUUUCGUUGAUAGGAACGCUGCCAACUUCAACACUGCAGAAUGGCAAGGAUACAACAUUCUUCAACGCGCGGCGUCUCGCUCCGGAGCUUACGACGUUGGAUUCACAACCCCAUCUCCAGAUGUUGCUCAGACUAGCCCCAAGAUGGUCUGGCUCCUUGGUGCUGAUGAAAUCAACGAAGCCGAUAUUCCCAAAGGCGCUUUCGUGGUGUACCAGGGUCACCAUGGUGACCGUGGCGCUGAACUCGCAGAUGUUGUCCUGCCAGGAGCAGCAUACACCGAAAAGUCUGGCACCUAUGUUAACACGGAGGGUAGAGUUCAAGUUACCCGCGCCGCUACAUCGCUUCCCGGAGCUGCUAGAGAAGACUGGAAGAUCAUCAGAGCUGUUAGCGAAUUCCUCGGCGCGCCGCUACCAUACGAUGAUAUCGAGAUGCUGAGAGACAGGAUGGAAGAGAUCAACCCCGCCCUGAGAAGAUACGACGUUGUCGAGCCCGUGUCUCUAAGUCAACUGAGCAAGGUUCAACUGGUCGAUCAGAACAGAGGAUCUAAGCCAUCUGGCGAGCCACUUAAGAGACCCAUUGAAAACUUCUAUUUCACAGAUGUCAUUUCCAGAAGCUCGACAACUAUGGCAAGAUGUUCAGCCGCCAAGGAAACCGGCAAUCCAGAUACUAACUUCAUGGCCCCCGGCGAACCCGCGCCCCAGUAUUUCGCGGCUCAAUAAAUAGAUCAAACCAUACUCUUUUCUACCAUUCUCAUCAGCAUUGAUUCUAUCUUCAUGUGACACCAGCUCUAUUAUGUCCUUUCGUGGCUACGGCGUUUUUCUGUCUCCUAUGUUUUUGCCCUAUAUCGCUUUUCAUUAUUUUUUUUUUUUUCCCCCAACUUUCGUAGAGCUGAAUUACAUCCCAUGUACCUGCGGCUCCGCUCGUUUUGUAUGUCUCUAUCUGUAUAUAAGAGAAUCUCAAAAAUUAUGCGAAAGGGAGCGGGUUUCUUGACUGAUGUAAUUGAUUCAUUGCGGGUGGAGAAUUUAUCCUCUCGUACAGAUAGAGAAGCUACAUAGGUAGCCUUGUGAACUGUUCAAUCCUC